UUUUCAGAAAAAAAUGAUAAAAAAAUUGGAACCAUAUCGCUACGUCAGGAGAAAAGUUAAAGUUAUUGAUAAAGUAUUAAAAUACACAAAAAAUCUCAGAUGAUUGUUUAAAUAUUCCGAAAAAGUGAAUAUCUAAUAGUUAGUGUAAUUAUAAAACAAUAAUAUAUGCGGAAACGCAUGAAUUCAAUGAAAAUUCGGUCUGAAAAAUUGUUGCUGAGACUUGGAACUUCAGUAUUGCUGUGUGUAGAACGAAAGCAGAGCGUGAAGAAAUAAAAAUAAGACAAAGUGUAGAAGGAGAAGCUAAAAUUGUUAGACAUACUUGAUUGCGUGUACUUAAAAAGUGGUUGAGGGGUGGUAGGACAUUUACGGAAGAAGCAAAGUUUUUAUUGUCGGCUAUUGUUGAGUCGUGGGGAAUUGUGAAAAAAGAAGAAAAAAGUUUUCGAGUUGUAUUGCCAGAAGACAGCUGGUAGUUGCAAAUUCGUAAUAUAACACAAAAUUUGCAUGAAAUACACUUGCAUUUGCAAAUAAAUACAUAUAAUAUUUUCAUUUGCGAUAUAUCCCCACUUAAAUCCUAUUUUGUGUAACACACUGUCCUCGACAACAUCAACAAAAUAUUCAGCCGUCGAUCGAAAAUGUGGUCGUUCUUCUCGCGCGACUCCAGCAAAGACUUUCCAUACGAUAUCGGUGAACAGGUGCCCGGCUUUGAGUCACAUUCAAUUUGGACAUUGCACAAGGCGAAACGCAAGGGUACACAAGAAGAAGUAUCGGUUUUUGUAUAUGAUAUACGAGGUGGUUCGGAAGGGAAAUGUGAAAUUGCAAAAGCAGCAUUAAAGCGCUUAAAGACGUUAAGACAUCCGAGCAUAUUACAGUAUCUAGAUUCGUUGGAAACAGAGAAAACUUUGUAUGUAGCGACUGAGGCAGUUGAGCCGUUAGGCAUUACUUUUGAACAGCUGGCCACGGAUAUUCCACAAAAGGCGCUCUAUUUGUCUUGGGGUGUUUUUCAAAUCACACGUGCACUUUCGUUUUUGAAUAAUGACGGUAAUCUACGGCACAACAAUGUGUGCGCUUGGUCUGUAUUUGUGAAUUCAUCGGGUGAAUGGAAAUUGGGUAGCUUGGAAUAUGUAUCGCCAGUUGAUGGAAAUCCAAUGCCGCCACAUAAAGUGCCACCUGCCUUAGAAGUGUACGACCCACCAGAAAAAAAUGAUACCAACAAAUUGAAGGCCUCCACAAAAUGCUCGGUUGAUAUGUGGGGCUUGGGUUGCUUGAUAUGGGAAUCAUUCAAUGGACCAUUGAAAUUACGUUCAAAUCUGAAAGACAUUGAUAACAUACCAAAAUCGUUGCAAUCUCUCUAUUGUGAAUUAGUCGGCGCCUCACCUUCGAAUCGCCCCAAUCCAGCGGAUGUCAUAACCAGGUGCCGUAAACCAGGAGGAUUUUUUAAAAAUGAUCUUGUCGAUACGUUACUUUUUCUUGAAGAAAUACAAAUCAAAGAUAAGGCCGAGAAAAAUCGAUUUUUCAGUGGCCUUACAUUACAUUUAGACCAUUUUCCCGAUAAUAUUUGCAAGCAUAAAAUUCUUCCGCAAUUAAUCACUGCGUACGAGUAUGGUGAUGCUGGCUCUGCGGUGCUAGCGCCUAUGUUUAAGCUUGGCAAAUUGCUUGACGAAGCUGAAUAUCAAAAACGAAUAGUACCCUGCGUUGUGAAACUAUUCGCUUCAACGGAUCGUGUGACACGCUCACGUUUAUUACAACAACUGGAUUUGUUUAUAGCGCACUUACAACCACAAGUGGUGAAUGAACAGAUAUUUCCACAAGUAGCGCAUGGUUUUUUGGAUACCAACGCCACGAUACGAGAGCAAACAGUCAAGUCAAUCAUCCACUUGGCUCCUAAGCUGAACUACAAUAAUCUUAAUGUAGAAGUCCUGCGCCAUUUUGCGCGUUUACAAGCACGUGACGAUCAGGGUGGCAUACGUACCAAUACAACAGUGUGUUUGGGAAAAAUUGCGCCUCAUCUGCAUCCACAAGUGCGACAGCGUGUGCUGGUUUCCGCUUUUAUACGGGCAAUGCGUGAUCCUUUUCCCCCAGCACGCGUAGCUGGCGUUUUAGCACUUGCAGCCACACAACAGUACUUCCUGUUGAGUGAGGUGGCUAAUAGAGUGCUGCCGUCUUUAUGUUCUCUCACCGUUGAUCCCGAAAAAACAGUGCGAGAUCCAGCUUUCAAAACGAUACGGGGCUUUUUGGGCAAACUAGAAAAAGUGUCUGAAGAUCCCAGUUUGCGUGAAACUAUGGAAGCCGAUGUGCACACCGCUACACCAUCGAUUGGUAAUGCAGCUGCUACAUGGGCUGGUUGGGCUGUCACGGCUGUUACAGCGAAAUUCUAUCGAAGCCAAAGUGAUUCUUCGCGUCCGCGGCCACCACUGACGGGUCGUAACCUCUCGAAACCGGCGUCGUUGGAACAACCUUCCAGCAGCAGCUUAUCAACGACGACAUCAAGCGUGACUUCGAUGACAUCGCUAGAGCAUGAAAGCAAUGAUACAUCAGCGUCUGCUUCGGAUUAUGGCAAUAACGAUUGGGAUAAUGAGAAUUGGGGUGAAAUGGACACAUCACAGGACCCAAGUAGUCCAAUGGCUGUUACUUCUAAUAAUGGCAAAAUGAAUGCAUCGAAUGCGCUCAAUGAAGUUCGCGACGGUUGGGAUAACGAAGAGUGGGGCAGCUUAGAAGAGGAACCAGGUGAGGAAGAGGAGGAGGAACAAGAGGAACAGUCACAACCAUCGCAUUCGAGACAAUCACCGCACUCGCCUCAUGCGCCGUUAGGUACGCCAACAACACGUCCACAUCAGCAACAAUUACAACCACAGCAACUAAAUGAACUUAUUGAACCGCUCGCUAAACUAAAUACACAUACAGCGACAUCACCAUCGAAAAGUCACAAUCAACAUGCGCCUAACCUACGACCCAAGGAGCUCUCAAAUUUAACCAUAACACAAAUGACAACAACAACAGCGGUUAUUACAAAUUGCAAUAACGUCAGUCCGCCACACAUAAAUAACUCAACGAAUUCGAAUGCAAAUUGGAAUAGCGAUUCUUGGGCCGAUGGUGAAUUCGAACCUGUUGAUGAACAGCUGACGGGCAAUACGAAACUGGAUGAAGCUCGCCGAAAACGUGAAGAGAAAAAAUUACAGCGUCAACGUGAAUUGGAAGCGCGACGGGCGCAACGCAGUAGUGGUCCAAUGAAGCUGGGCGCUAAAAAGCUUUAAAAUGUGAAUUAAGUAUUUAUACUUUUCACUGAUUGGAUGUAGUACGUGUAACAAUAUCCAAAUAAUUUUUUGAAUGUAUUUUUAUUAAAAAUUGGCAUACACAACAAGUGCAUGUACAUACAUAAAUAUACACUUGUGUGACACAAUUCGUUGUGUAUUAACUUAGCCUAGCAGAAAAAGCGAGGAGAGAACGUUCAAUGCAUAUUGUACGAUCUAAAAUAUGCAAAAACUAAAAAAAAAAUUGCAUGAGUAAAUUGUAAUAUUAUAAACAUACACGAGAUAUUAACAGAUUUUUUAUAUAAAUAUAUAUAUACAUAUAUAUAUAUAUAUAUAUGUGUAAUUAUUAAAUAUCAACAAGAAAAAAAAAAUACUGUAAAAUAUAAAAGUAAAAUGCUAUUUCAUAUGUAUUUUU